AUGGUGAGACGGGACACGGUGAGUGUGGUUAUGACGGUGAGGCGGGACACGGUGAGUGUGGUUAUGACGGUGAGGCGGGACACGGUGAGUGUGGUUAUGAUGGUGAGGCGGGACACGGUGAGUGUGGUUAUGACGGUGAGGCGGGACACGGUGAGUGUGGUUAUGACGGUGAGUGUGGUUAUGACGGUGAGGCGGGACACGGUGAGCGUGGUUAUGACGGUGAGGCGGGACACGGUGAGUGUGGUUAUGACGGUGAGGCGGGACACGGUGAGUGUGGUUAUGAUGGUGAGGCGGGACACGGUGAGUGUGGUUGUGAUGGUGAGACGGGACACGGUGAGCGUGGUUAUGACGGUGAGUGUGGUUAUGAUGGUGAGGCGGGACACGGUGAGUGUGGUUAUGACGGUGAGGCGGGACACGGUGAGUGUGGUUAUGACGGUGAGUGUGGUUAUGACGGUGAGUGUGGUUAUGACGGUGAGUGUGGUUAUGACGGUGAGGCGGGACACGGUGAGGCGGGACACGGUGCAGAGACACAGCUGUAAAUCAUUCUGA